AUGGACUUUCUGGACCAGCCGACGCAUACGCUGAUCCUGAACGACCUCGCGGCGAACCUCGCGCAGGAGGCCGCCGCGGGUACGUUGCAGACUGAAGACUUUUCCGUGCUGCGCGGCGCCGCGACGACGAGCGGCGAGCAGCUGACCACCUCGAGUGUCCGUAGCUACCUCGCGCAGGCACGCUUCGCUGCUGCGACCGCCGACGCGGUCGGCGGCGUGGAAGUCCCUGCGCAGGCGGCGACCUACCUAGAGGACGUGCUCGGCGAGCUCGAGCACCUCGCGUCGCGCCUGCCGUCGACGCGCUUCGAGGAGGGCAUGCAGGUCCCCGAGCAGUGGCCUGUCCCCGACGAGCUUGCGUACACGCUCGUCGAAGCGCUGCUCAAGAUCGCUACUGGCCUGCCGUCGCGCCGCUCUCGGGCGCUCUCCACGCUCUCGUCGUACACGAGCGCCCUCGCCAAGACGGUGCUCUCGGGCCAGGCCUCGACGCAGACCCUCGCACUGAACUCGGUGCCGCAGCUGCACGGCCUUGCGCGUGCGCUGCAGGACGUGCCGUUCGCAUGGGACAAGGCGUCCUACACGCCUCUCGUCGAAGUGCUCGUCGACGUCGCCAGCAGCAGCCAGAUUCCCCGCAUGGACGCGCUGCUCGUCUGCCUGCCCGAGCAGCAGGAGGCCGCCGCGCAGCUCGCAGCCGCCGGCGCGGGCCCCGCGCCGCCUGCCGACGCACGCUCGAGCUACGCCGAGAUGGUGCUGCAGCACUACGCGAGUCUCGGCGUCCCGCUGUCGGGCCGCUUUGUCGCAUGGUGCGCCCUGAGUGCCACUGCCUCGCUCCUGGCGCAGGCCCUGACGCAGUCCCGCUCGCCGUACGCCCCGGCGUGGGAGCAGCUGCAGCGCGCGCCGCCCGCGACGCGCACCGGCGCCGAGACGAGCGUCGCGCAUGUCGCACAGGACCUGUACGAGCGCACCGCACAGACCGUGAGCCAGCUCACGGCCGCGACGCCCCGUCUGCAGGUCGAACUGUACGCGCGUGAGCUGCUGAGCACCGCGCUCAAGGUCACGGUGCUCGUCGUCGCUGCGUUCGACGGCACGGCCAUCGGCUCGUUUGUCCCGGGAACGCUCGCGUCGCUGCUGGGCGACGAGGCGGUGCUGGACGACGCUGUGCUGCAGCGUGCCGCGCUCGAGAGCGUGGCGGUCGUUGCGCAUGUGCGUCCCGCGCUCGUGCCGUCGCUCGUGCCGAUGGUGCGCCGCUUUGUGCAGCUCCCCCUGCCGAUCCUCGAGGCGGACCUCGCGAGCGGCUCGCCGCUCCUCGACACCGCCGGCCGCAGCCUCGCGGUGUGCGUGCGCCUGGAAGGCGACGAGGCGGCAUCGUCGUCGACCUACGCGCUGCUCAACAACCUCGCGCGCGACGCGGAGCGCACCGAGCGCACCGUGCCCCAGCGCAACGUGCGCGGCGUGCGCCCUGCGGCGGUCGAGCAAGGGAUCGUCGUCGGAAGCACCGUCGCGGUGAUUACGUCGCUCGCAAAGGCGCUCGGCAACGUGCAGUACACGGUGCUGGCCAUCUCGCUGCUGCUGCAGCGCCUGCAGGGCCCCUCCUCGCUUGCGCAGACCUCGCCGCUGACGCACCUCGUGCCGCUUGCGCUUGCGGCGCCGACGUCGAGCUUUGUCAAUGUGAUGAACUACCUGUCGGACGCCGCGCGCGCCGCGCUCAAGCACCGCGAUGCGCCGCGUCUCGGUGCGGUGAACACCGCGCAAGAGCUCCUUGCACGCGGCCUCACGCAAGAGGCCGAGCGCCGUGGCGCAGAGGCGGACACGGCGGUGCAGGAGCAGGGCGCUUUCCGCAAGAACCUGUACCUGAACGAGCUGCUGGCACUCGUCAUUGACGCCGGGAGCCAGCGCGACGCGGCGCUGGUGCGCGGCACGCUUCCUGCGCUCGCUGCGCUGCUCGCGCACCGCGACAUCAACCCCCAGUGGGCGCCGAGCACGGAGCAGGUGUACCUCUUCCGCAACCUCUGGACGGUGAUUGCGGUGAGCGGCGCGUCGACGCCCCUCACUGCGCCGAUGCCCCGCAACGACCCUCUGACGGUGAUUGCGCUCAAGACGCCGAUGCUCGUCCCCAACUCGGUCGUGAACUAUGUCGAGGAGGACGUCGAGUACAACUCGAUCCUCAAGCAGGACGGCAUGGGCGUGUCGGUAGACACGCUGCGCCGCGCCAUCCUCCCGACGCUCGGCGCGCGCCUGCUGGAAGGCAAGCUGAGCGCCGCUCGCCUCGCUUUCCUCCAGUCCGUGCUCGAGGUCGAGUGGCGCCGCGCGGCGGCCGGGCGGCCGUCGCCGAUGCUGCUCUACUUUGCGCACCACGGCCUCGCCACCUCAUCGCUCGCUGCGCCGCUACGCACGGUCGCCGAGCGCGUCUUUUCUGCAUUCCUGGUGCACACGGCGCAGUGCGCCGAGGAGCACGCGAUGGGCACCUACCUCUUUGAGGAGCUGCGCAACAUUCUGGUCGGCUGCUGCCACCGUGCGCCCGGUGUGCGCGACGGCGCGCACCGCUACGUGGAGCGCCUCGUCGCCGCCUUCCCCGAGCUGUUUGGCCGCACGGACGUGGUGGUGACGAUGCUCGAGCUGCUCACGCUCCUCGCACAGAGCUGCGACGGGGAGGUCGAGGAUGCGUUCCUGCCCAAGUACGUCUUCCACUCGCAGCUCGCCGACGUCACGCUCGAGCUCACCGACUCGUACACGGACCGCAAGCAGAUCUUGGUCGGCAUGUACGCGCGCGUGCGCAGCGUCCUGACGCGCGUCCAGUCCGAGAUGCCGCAGGAGCUGAGCCACGUGCUGCUGCGCUACCUGCGCUACGUCGACACCUCGGCGCUCGGCACGGAUGGCCUCGGCAAGACGGUCGCGAUGGACUUUGCGCGUGGCCUCCCGCCGCAGGACCCCGCGGCGCUCUCGCCGGUACGCCACGACGCGUCGGGCCUGCUGACGCGCGACCUCGCGGCGCAGAGCACGUACGCGGGCGAGGUGACGGCCUCGGGCCAGUUUUCGAACCUCGCCACGGAGCUUGCGUCGCUCCUCGAGGCGGCCGAGCGCCGCGCCGAGAUUCCCUUUGAGCUGGUGCGCAACAAUGUGUACCGCGCUGCGGCCUCGAUCCUGCACAGCGUGUCGCUCGAGUUUGAGCUCGUGCACUACAUGGUCGCGCUCCCGAUGGCGAUCUGCACCAAAGAGACGCUCGCGCUCGCGACGCAGGCGUGGUCGUGGGUCAUGGCGGAGCGCCCCGAGGCCGAGACGGCGGUCGUCACGGCGAUUGCCGCCGGCUGGGAGCGCACGAUCCACAUGCGCCAGGGUAUCUACUCCACGGAGCUCGUCGCGCGCGAUGCGCUCCUGCGCAAGACCGACAUGUCGGCCUUUAACCGUGCCGAGAUCACGCUCGAGGCGCGCACCGCCGACAAGCUCUUUUCCGGCCACACGCUCGUGCUGCAGCUGCUUACCGACCGCCUCCAGGCGUCGCGCUGCAGCAACGCGGCGCUCGUGACGAUCCUCUCGAUGCUCGUGCAGCGCAUCGCCGACGCCGCGCCGCUGCUCAGCACGCAUCCCCUGAUGCGCUCGACGCACCUCGCACUCGUGCUCUUUGGCCUGCGUGUGUUGUCAUACAGCUACCUCGACGCGCUCGUAGAGGUGCGCCUGCGCGAUGGCGUCGCGCGCCUCGCCCUCGCCUGGUUCGCGAUGCGUGCCGAGUGGACGUACGGCGGAAACCUCAAGCGCGCCUCGGGCGAGCUGCAGUACCUGCGCGACGUUCAAGAGGCGCUGCGCACCGCGACGCUGCGUGCCGACUCGCUCGUCACACCCGCGACCGUCGCCGAGUCCGCCACGCCGACCGUGCACUCUGCGCAGCCGCUCACGCCGUCGUGCACGCUCGCCCAGGCCGUGCGCCACGUGCAGACGCUGCUCCAGCUGCUGCACACGCUCCUGCAGAACGAAGAGGCGCGCCUGGACGUGUGGCUGCACCCCACGAAGGAGUCGACUGCGCGCCCGGUCGUUGCGACGGUCGAGACGCUGCACGCCGCGUGGCGCGUCGAUGCGCGCGUUGCCGUGCAGCUCGUCGAGCGCUGCCACUCGAAGGAGCUUGCUGCGGAGCUCGGCCGGCUGGUGCGUGCCGCGCCCCACCGUGCGGUCGACAGCCCCGGCGCGCUGCGUGGCCUGAUUGCCGACAAGGUGACGCUGGCCGAGAAGCAGGGCACGAACCUCAAGUGGCUGCACUUCUGGGCGCCAGUGAUGCCCGUUGCGGCGAUUGAUCUGCUGCAGCCCGGCGUCGGUGGCCAUCCGUUGGUGCUGCAGUACGCGAUGCGUGUGCUCGAGCAGCACCCUAUCGAGCUCGUCUUUUUCUACGUGCCGCAGGUGGUGCAGGCGCUGCGCGAGGACAAGUACGGCUACGUGGCCCAGUUCAUUCUGAAGACGUCGCUUAUCUCGCAGCUGUUCUGCCACCAGAUCAUCUGGAACAUGAAUGCAAACAAGUACAAGGACGACAAUGCCGAGGUCGAGGACCCUCUCAAGCCGACGCUCGACACGAUGGUCGACAAGAUUGUCGCGCAGCUGUCGGGCCCCGCGCAGGAGUUCUACCAGAAGGAGUUUGCCUUUUUCAACGAGGUCACGUCGAUCUCGGGCAAGCUCAAGCCGUACAUCAAGAAGAGCAAGCCCGAGAAGAAGGCCAAGAUCGACGAGGAAAUGGCCAAGAUCCAGCUCGAGCCGGGUGUCUACCUCCCGUCGAACCCCGAUGGUGUGGUGGUCGGCCUGGACCGCAAGAGCGGCCGUCCUCUGCAGAGUCACGCCAAGGCUCCGUUCAUGGCGACGUUCCUGGUGCGCCGCCCCCUCGGCAUUGCCGACGAGGAGGAGCAGAGCCAGCAGGAGGAGCAGUACCACGACGUGUGGCAGAGUGCCAUCUUCAAGGUCGGUGACGACUGUCGUCAGGACGUGCUGGCCCUACAGGUCAUUGCGCAGUUCAAGAACAUCUUUAUGUCGAUCGGCCUCGACGUGUACCUCGACCCCUACCGCGUCACGGCCACUGCGCCGGGCUGUGGUGUGAUUGACGUCGUGCCGAACGCCACGUCGCGUGACGAGAUGGGCCGCGCAAAGAUCAACGACCUGCCCGACUUCUUCCGGACGCGCUUCGGCGCCGAGGACACGGUGACGUUCCAGCGCGCGCGCCUCAACUUUAUCCAGUCGAUGGCCGCGUACUCGGUCGUGUGCCACAUCCUCCAGAUCCGCGACCGCCACAAUGGUAAUAUUAUGAUCGAUGGUGAGGGCCACCUCGUGCACAUCGACUUUGGUUUCCUCUUUGACAUUGGUCCGGGUGGCAUGCGCUUCGAGCCCUACUCGUUCAAGCUUUCGAUGGAGAUGGUCGCGGUGAUGGGCGGCCCCGACUCGCCCGGCUUCCGUAUGUUUGAGCAGCUGGUUGUCAAGGCGUACCUUGCCUGCCGUCCGUUCACCGAGGAGAUCGUCACGACCUGCGCGCUGAUGCUCGGCACGGACCUGCCCAGUUUCAAGGGCUCGCCGACCUUUGACCGCCUGCGCGACCGCUUCAAGCCGAACCUGAGCGAGCGCGAGGCGGCGAAGCACGCGCAGUGGCUCGUCAAGGACGCGUACGGCAACCGUCGUGCGGUGUUCUACGACCUGAUCCAGGAGAAGCAGAACCACAUUCCCUACCGCAAGUAG